UCGAGCUAGCGUACGGCCAUGUUAAAUCUUUAGUCGGAAGAGACAAAGCCAACAGCAAAAAAAAAGAAUUUCUCAAGAAACGAUUGAAGAGUUAAGUGUAUUAUAUCCACAAAGAAUCAAACACUUCAAAUUAGAAGGUGGUACUUCCCAGAGUCCAGUAUUUCCUCAACUGAAGUGUUCAGGAACUUUGAAGUGAAGCGAAGAAAAGCAAGACAUUGUGAAGCCAAGAGGAGUCAUCUAUGGACUGUCAGUCUAGUUUUGGACAGUUCAUCCUACGUUGACUUUUGGACUGUAAUUCCUCAGCGACUUGUGCCUCAGGAUUUGUCAGAUGAUUAAAUUGAUGCAAGUGACAUUCGACAAACAUUGAAAUUCCUCAUACGGACGUGAAUACCAGAAUUUUAGAAGCACAUUAAGAACCAUUAGCUGAGCCUUGUGCUUUUGAAUGUAAAGACUUUGCAAAUUUUGGAUACCAAAAGGAAUACAAGAGGGUACUACAGAACUUAUGCAAUCUGAUAAGUAAAAAAAAAAGGAAAAAACAUAAAAAGUGAAGUGAAUACUUUGUAAAAAAAAAAAAAAAAACAUAAAAAAUUCAGGGAUAGUAUAAGCGUUUUUCAACAGCAUUAUUAGAUUUUUUGAUCACUUGCAAUUUGAAAUCCUUGUGCAAGACUUGAAUUUGCACAUACCUGUUUGCUAGUUAUUUUGUACUUUGGCUCUAGGCUUUUGAAAUAUUUAUUGAUAUAAAUAUAAUUUUCUCCUAUUUUAGGAGAGUCUUCUUAUUGUAAACAUUUUUAUACGCCAGGCCCUCUUCUUUUUAAGAGGUCUGUACGUACCAGAGAUAGAAACUGUUUACAAAAGCGUGCAUUGAGCAAAACAGUUUAAGAAAAGCUAAGUAGCAGCAGAAAAGAUUUCAUUGAGACUAUAUUGAGGAAUAGAUCGAAUCAAUGGCUACAGCAAGAACAGAAAUCCCUGCUCCACUCAUGGCAAUGACCAAACAAAAUGGACAGUCUAAGGCCAUGUCCCUCCAAUCAGGAUCACUUACUUCCUCAUCGCAAUCAGGAAAAACACCUGUUGUGCCCCAGAAAGGAAGCAGUAUACCCCAAAGCAGUGGUGGUAUCAGGUUUGGAGAUGACUGGAAGAAGUGCCUGCAGCUUCCACCGAAAGACACGAGAGUGAGAACCACAGAUGUGACUGCAACCAAGGGGAAUGAGUUUGAAGAUUACUGCCUUAAACGGGAACUGCUAAUGGGUAUUUUUGAGAUGGGCUGGGAGAAGCCAUCCCCUAUCCAGGAGGAGAGCAUUCCCAUUGCCUUGUCAGGUAGGGACAUUCUCGCCCGAGCUAAAAAUGGCACAGGGAAAAGCGGAGCCUACCUCAUCCCCCUCUUGGAGAGGAUUGAUCUGAAGAAGGACUACGUUCAAGCCAUGGUGUUGGUGCCAACUCGUGAGCUGGCACUGCAGAUGAGCCAGAUAUGUAUCAACAUGAGCAAGCACCUUGGUGGCGUCAAGGUUAUGGCUACAACAGGUGGCACUAACCUGAGGGAUGACAUCAUGCGUCUUGAUGAGAUUGUUCAUGUUAUAAUAGCUACCCCAGGCAGGAUCCUUGACCUGAUAAAGAAAGGUGUUGCCAAAGUUGACAGAGCUCAGAUGAUUGUGAUGGAUGAGGCUGACAAGUUGCUUUCCCAAGACUUUGUGGUGCUCAUUGAGGACAUCAUCAGCUUCCUACCCAAAAACCGUCAAGUUCUUCUCUAUUCUGCCACUUUUCCUAUUAGUGUGCAGAAAUUCAUGAGCAAACAUCUUCAAAAGCCAUAUGAAAUCAAUCUUAUGGAUGAGCUGACAUUGAAAGGCAUCACUCAAUACUAUGCCUAUGUAACAGAAAGACAAAAAGUACACUGUCUCAACACCCUUUUCUCCAGGCUCCAAAUCAACCAAUCAAUCAUCUUCUGUAACUCCACCCAAAGGGUGGAACUCCUUGCCAAGAAGAUUACACAGCUUGGUUAUUCCUGCUUUUACAUCCAUGCCAAGAUGAUGCAGGAAUACAGAAACCGGGUGUUCCAUGACUUUAGAAACGGGCUGUGUAGGAACCUGGUCUGCACAGAUCUUUUCACAAGAGGAAUUGACAUCCAGGCUGUCAAUGUAGUUAUCAACUUUGACUUCCCCAAAAAUGCAGAAACGUACUUGCAUCGCAUUGGCAGAUCAGGCAGGUAUGGUCACCUGGGUCUGGCCAUUAACCUGAUCACCUCAGAAGAUCGUUUUAACCUGAAGGGCAUUGAGGACCAGCUGAUGACUGACAUCAAGCCCAUUCCCAGCAGCAUUGACAAGAGCCUGUAUGUGGCAGAAUUUCACUCCCUUAACCCUGAUGAGGAGGAGGCUGCUCAAAAAGCAGCAGAGCUGAUUUAAUCCCUGACUGUUGAAAUCUGUUUCCUUUCAGGAGAAUAAGUGGACCGAUGCUUGGCAUUCUGCACAUUUUCUACUGAAGACAGGCGCAAAGAUGUUUUGUUCGUUUGUUUUGUUUUUUUUUAGUUUUAAUUGUCAUCAGCUAAAUGAUCCAGUGGUCUAGAACUGCCAUGGUUAAAUGUGAUCAACUGCUGGAAGUUAAGGGGCCAGUAUAAAGUCAUUUAGGUCAUGCCAGGAUUCUUACCCUUAGCACAAUAAGCCACUGUUCUUUGAACCUAGACCAUUCAGUGUCCACAACUGCUGUUAAUUUAGCUGAUCAGAAGAAAGUUAAUUUUUUGGAAAAGGAGAGGGUGCCAACAAAAUUAAUACCAUAGCGAGACCCAGUACUUGUUGUGGCAACAGUUAAUGUCCUAAUGUGAAAGGUCUUUUUGCGCAUUUUUAAUAAAUGAAUUCUUACUCUUGAGGAAAGUUCUCAUUUAUUAUAAAUGCCUUCGUUCAGGAAAAACCCCAAAAAGAGGUAAAAAGUGUCGAAUGAUCUUCUGUUGGUUGUUUACAGCCUUGUUGUACAUAUAAUUUCUGGAGAAGGUAAAACCUGGUUCUUUUGCCAGCUGACAUUAUUUCUAGUUGAACUGUUUUCAUUGGCUUGCUGUUGACCCUCAGCACCAUGUCAUCUUUUCUUUAAAAACUCUGCAGCACUCAAGCAUCAAGACCUUUAAUUAUCCAUGUUGCGCCACUCUCACAACUGUCUCUGUCCCCGUAAGUGCCUUAAUCUAUUAUAAACUUCCUCUGGAUAGGAGGGUGUUCCAGGUAUGUGGUGCAAAAAGGCUGUGUCAGGGGAAAAAAUGUUACAUGAUAGAUUUUAAUUCCUGUAAUACCUCAAACCCAUACGUCACUUCUCGAUUUGGCUCAUUGGUUUAUUGGUAGUAACCAUUUUCUAUUUUGGGUGAGCAAUAGAAUUGCUUGUCAAACACCAGGCACUCAGAUUUUUAAUUGAAGUAUGAUUUUCAGUAGUUUGAACUUUAAGUCUGAAAAAACAAGUUAGGCUGUUUGGUAUCUUUUUUCCUGCUGAAACAAAGGUGAAUAGCAGUAUGGGGUUUGGCGUAUUUCAUAAAACAAGGUUAUGCGAUUGAUUGAAUUGAGUCUUUUCCUCUGUCUAAUGCACAAAGCGAGUGAUGUCUUUUACAACAUAUCAGCACACAUGCUAUGAUGAAAUGGCAGCUGUAAUAAAGUUGGUAUCUCUCAAUGUAAACUUAUGUCCCAUGUUGUAUGUGUUGAAUUGUGCUCUCUUUGCCAUGUGUUGUAUAAAGUAGAAGCUGUUUGUUUUACUGUGAGGAUUAAUGGGAGAAUGGCCAAAGCUUUUGCUCCAAAUGUUAAUGCCAGCCUAUCCUGUCCCUUCUCUUAUAAGCAAAAUAAAGUCCAGCAUAUUCUCCA